AUGGAGAAUGAUGUCUCUCGUCCUUCAGAGUCUGUCCAGAGAAUGGACGUCACGUCGGCAUCAACUUGGUCUCCGUCCAAGAACAGCUCCUUGCAGCAUUCCCCAUUACUUCACUCUUCAUCCCCUCCAGCCUGGCAGGGCACGACAACCAGCGAGACUAGCUUUCUGAGUCCCCAUCAAGAACCCAACCAAAGGAUUACAGCUAUAGAGUCUCACUACUCCUCAACUUGGUCGAACAUUCUGAAGAGCAGAUGGCUGAUGGUCGCCUGUCUGGUCUUUGGCAUUGCAGCUGCUGUUGGUCAUGAUACACUCAAUAAUCAUCUCUUUGGUAAAGAAGCCAAGAAUCAAAUCUGGUGGCUUCGUCUCGGGCAGUCUCUUGCCUUUGUUUCGAAAGCAAACUCUGCCAUUGCAAUCUCACUGGCCUAUGAGCAGAUAACUUGGAGAUCAGUGGGCCAGAGGAGCUUCUCCGUACGGGCCAUCGACUCCUUGUUUGGCGCAGCACAUAACGCUAUUGAACUUCUCAAUGUCGAAGCUUGGAAGAAGUCAUGGUUUGUCAUGCUUCUCGCUCUUUACAUGUGGAUAUCGCCGCUCGUGGUGAUCUUCACUUCGGCGACUCUCAGCGUCGUCAGGCAUGAGAAUACUGCAUGCUAUUCCGUCCGGACCCUCAACUUCUCCCACGAACCAAAGAAGAAGUGGACUCACAGAAGACGUGCAGAUGGCGAUGAGAUAAUGGAAGGUGCUAGACUAUCAUGGUACAACGAUACUUUGCCGGAUGAGGAUGGCCCAGAUGUCUUUGACUUUUGGAUCAGUCCGAGUGCAUACCUCAAAGAGAUCGCAUCCAGAGUUCUUACUGGAGGACAGGCACUUCAAAGAGACGAUGUAGCUGAUGAAAUCUGCGGGAAAGGGUGGGAUUGUUCAACGAUUAUCCACUUCACCGGUCCGGGUUACAAGUGUGAACAACUCGGCAAGGGUACUAACUCGACCCUCGAACAGUUCAACGGUAGGGAUGCCCCGUUCAAUAUGAGCAGGAUGAUUCCUGAGGGUUGGAAUACUUACUAUUCAAUUGCCGACGAGGGAGACUACGCUGAACGCCAGAUCGAGCAUGAGAAAUACUACGGUCGACCAUUGCAAACACUUCCGUUUCCUAAGAAUCUUGGUGCUUUCAGAACAGAGCCGAUUAUCUGGUUGGGCUACGUUACUGUCGACGACGUACUGGUCAAACACGCUGAAAAUAGCAGCCAAAAAGGAUGGGACACAGACUUCACACCCGUUAUUUCGGCUUGCGAGCACUGGCAGGUCAACUAUACAGUAAGCCUUACAUACACGAGGGGAUUCCAGUCGUACAACGUUACCAAUCGGGAGUAUCUGCGCAAAGUCAUCAACACGACAUACGUGGACGACUCAGCUGACGACGGAACGUUGGACAAGACUGUCGCGGAACCACAAGAAAAUUACGUGCUUCCCAAAGAUUGGAGGAAUUAUCAACGCAUUGCAGCGUAUCACUCGCUAGGGCUAAAGUUACGAGAAUUACUGCAUGGAGGCUUGUCGCUUCCCGAUAAAGGAAAGAGUACUGAGAUCAUGACUUCGAAGUUAGUUGGGCGGCAUGAGUUUCUUCCUGUUCCUGAUUUUGAGGAUCAGAUUCGACGAUUGUACGAGAAUUUACUUAUUUCGCUGUUGUCGGAUACACAGUUACUUAUCGUAGCGUGGGCUGCAAAUCCGGAUGAACCGUCUGGGACGAGACCGGGAACGAACGGGACGGAGUACCCUUGCAUCAGAAGGACGACGGCGGGAUACUUCUUUUAUCAGAGAAAGAUUCUUGUUACUGUGUAUGCUGUUUCGUUUGUUAUUGUUGCUGUUGGCGUGGCGUAUGGGAUGAAGGCUAUGAGGCAAGAUGGAGUUGAAGAGUUGCGGGAGGUCACAUUCUCGUCGAUUGCAGUCGCGACAAAAGGCGUGAACCUGAAGGGUCAUGGAAGAGAUGACAAAAUCAAGGCUUGGUUGGUCGAGGAUGAGCAUGAGGGCAGAGUGUAUGAGUUCAGGAAUGAGGAAGACACGCAACGAAAGAGCAGUGCUGGUGCCACGGCGAGUGCCUGA